UCCGGGAAGGCCGGUUGUCGGUCCCGGAGAAGUUGGGGCCCCCCAGGUCCCCAAGAAGACCCACCGCCAUGUCGUCUGGGGACGCAAGGUCUAGUAGACAGGACGGGGCCCCGCGCACGGCCGCCGCGCUCUGUGGCCUGUACCACGAGGCCGGCCAGCAGCUGCAGCGCCUUCGGGAUCAGCUGGCCGCGCGCGACGCCCUUAUCGCGAGCCUCCGCACCCGUCUAGCGGCUCUGGAAGGGGACACGGCGCCGUCGCUUGUGGACGCGCUUCUGGAUCAGGUGGAACGCUUCCGUGAGCAGCUGCGGCGGCAGGAGGAAGGAGCCACCGAGACCCAACUGCGUCAGGAAGUUGAAAGACUUACUGAGCGACUAGAAGAGAAAGAGAGAGAGAUGCAGCAGCUGAUGAACCAGCCUCAGCAUGAGCGAGAGAAGGAGGUCGUCCUGCUGCGGAGAAGCGUGGUAGAGAAGGAACAAGCCAGGGCUGCCAGCGACAUCCUCUGCCGCUCCUUGGCUGAUGAGUCCCACCAACUGCGCAGGACAUUGGCUGCCACCGCCCACAUGUGCCAACACCUGGCCAAAUGCCUGGAUGAACGACAGCACGCCCGGGGAGACGUUGGGGAGAAAAGCCCUGAUGAGCUGGAGUGCCCAAGAGGGGAUGCUUGUGGCCAGAGUGUCAUUGAGAAGUUACAGGAAGAAAACAGACUAUUAAAACAGAAGGUGACUCACGUGGAAGACCUCAAUGCUAAGUGGCAGCGUUAUGAUGCCAGUAGGGAUGAGUAUGUGAAGGGGUUACAUGCACAGCUAAAGAGGCGGCAGGUCCCUCUUGAGCCUGAGCUGAUGAAGAAGGAGAUUUCCCGGCUUAACCGACAGCUGGAGGAGAAAAUAAAUGAUUGUGCAGAAGCAAAACAGGAGCUGACAGCUGUGACGGUGGCCCGGGACACUGCGCUGGAGCGAGUGCAGAUGCUAGAGCAGCAGAUUCUUGCUUACAAGGAUGACUUCAAAUCAGAAAGGGCAGAUCGGGAACGAGCUCAUAGUAGGAUUCAAGAGCUAGAGGAAAAGAUCAUGUCCUUGAUGUACCAAGCAUCCCAGAGACAGGAUUCCCAGGAGCCAGGACCCUGUCGGAUUCAUACAGGGAGCAAAACCGCCAAGUACUUAGAGAUGGAAGCAUUGGAGCACGUGGCACCUGGUGGCUGGAGGCCUGGGUCUCGGUCCCAACAAAUGGAACCUUCUGCAGAGGGUGGGCAUGUCUGCACAGCCCAGAGAGGUCAGGGUGACCUUCAGUGCCCUCAUUGCCUGCGGUGUUUCGGUGAUGAGCAAGGCGAGGUAUUCCUCAGGCACUUGUCUGAGUGCUGCCAGUGAGGCAGAGCCACCAUGUCCGUGUGGCCAGUGACCAGCACAGCUGCUCUAAGGGAUUGGUAUCCUCAGACUCAGUCCUCAACUCAGUGUGUUGCAUUCUGCUGGGAUCUAGGGUCCACAGAUGGGCAGGGUCACUGAUAGGUGCAGUGUGUUCUCUCUCCAGGGUGGAAGCUACACCCUGUUGUGUAGUGAGCUCUCUCCCUGACUGAUCUGUGCUGCACUACAGUUACAUAGUACACUAGAGCCUUCCCAGACACAGCAGAGCCACAUAGAUGCAUCCAGUACCAUUACCUUGCAAAAACACUUAUUUUCAAAAGUGAAAGUACCUUUAUUUCUUUUUUGAGACAGGAUUUCUCUGUGUAGCCUUGGCUGUCCUGGACUCGCUUUGUAGACUAGGCUGGCCUCAAACU